GUCAAUAACCAAGGCAACUAGCAAAAACAGCUUACACAUAAUCAUUUCGCAGCUUAGAAGGCGUUAAACGCAUCUAAGCUCGGUCGAAGGGACAAAGGACUUUGGUCAGCUGAGAAGUUCCAUUUGCGAAGGCAAUCUGCCAGUAUUAAGCACAAGGAAUCCCAAGGAUUUCAAGGAUAAGAAAGGGAGUGGAGCAGAUACUUCUCCUAGUUAAGGCACAAGUGACAGACACUCGGAAGCAGGAUGUUCAAGGAUGAGUGAACACGACCACAUCGAUUCGGCGAAUGCCAGCGGGAGCGAUCCCCUCCUGGAUCUCCACAACCUGGGAGGCAUCGAAGAAAGCGUUGAACUAAAGUGUCUGGUGCAGGAGCACAUUGAAGCCACCACCUACGGCAACGCCAGUGACCACUGCCUCACCCAGUUCGACUCCAUUCUGUGUUGGCCAAGAACGGUCCGAGGAACGCUGGCAGUGCUCCAGUGCAUGGACGAGUUGCAGGGGAUUCACUAUGACAGCAGCAAGAAUGCCACAAGGUUCUGUCACUCCAAUGGAACGUGGGAGAAGUACACCAACUACGAUGCCUGCGCCCACCUGCCCGCCCCGGAAACGGUGCCGGAGUUCGAGGUCAUCGUGGAACUGCCCACCAUCAUCUACUAUAUUGGAUACACCAUCAGCCUGGUCUCGCUGUCGCUGGCGCUGAUUGUCUUCGCCUACUUCAAGGAACUGCGUUGCCUGCGCAACACCAUUCACGCCAAUUUGUUCUUUACAUACAUCAUGUCGGCAUUGUUCUGGAUACUCUUGCUAUCCGUGCAGAUAUCCAUCAGGAGUGGCCUGGGCAGUUGCAUCGCCUUGAUCACCUUAUUUCACUUCUUCACACUGACAAACUUCUUUUGGAUGCUGGUUGAGGGUCUGUACCUGUACAUGCUGGUGGUGAAAACCUUCUCGGGCGAUAACCUGCGCUUCAACAUCUACGCCUCCAUAGGCUGGGGUGGUCCUGCCGUGUUCAUUGUCACCUGGGCGGUGGCCAAGAGUCUGACGGUCACCUACAGCACCACCGAAAAGUAUGACAUCAACUGUCCCUGGAUGCAGGAAACCCAUGUGGAUUGGAUAUACCAGGGGCCUGUGUGUGCGGUGCUAAUCAUCAAUCUCACCUUCCUGUUGCGCAUCAUGUGGGUUCUCAUCACAAAGCUUCGGUCGGCCAAUACUGUGGAGACGCGUCAGUAUCGGAAGGCGGCCAAGGCCUUGCUGGUGCUCAUUCCGCUUUUCGGCAUCACCUACCUAGUGGUAUUAGCCGGUCCCUCGGAGUCUGGCCUAAUGGGUCACAUGUUUGCGGUUCUGCGAGCUGUUCUACUGAGCACUCAGGGCUUCUCCGUGUCGCUGUUCUACUGUUUCCUGAACUCAGAGGUGCGAAAUGCACUAAGACAUCACAUUUCCACGUGGCGGGACACGCGCACCAUCCAGCUCAACCAGAACAGAAGAUACACGACGAAAAGUUUCACGAAAGGCGGUGGUUCCCCUCGAGCCGAGAGCAUGCGACCCCUAACCAGUUACUAUGGCCGCGGGAAGCGGGAGUCCUGCGUGAGCUCGGCCACCACCACUACGCUGGUGGGUCACCAUGCUCCACUUUCCAUCCACAGGGGAUCGAACAAUGCCCUGCACACCAUGCCCACUCUGGUGGGGGGCAGUGCCAUGAGUUCCGGCAGCACUCUGAGCGUGAUGCCCCGGGCCAUUAGUCCCCUGAUGAGGCAGGGACUCGAGGAGAACUCCGUGUAGACGAAUACGAUUUUAGCCAGGCAACUGCAUCUUAAG